AUGUUCUCCUACUUCAGGUUUGUUUUCUUAUCGAUGUCGCCGGUCAAGCCGAAUGUUAAUCAGAAGUCGUCGUCAGCAGUCAGCGUUGGUAAAAAUGCCACUGAAAUCAAAAACUAUUUUUCCACUACUGCUUUUGAGCCGACGUCGUCAAACCAAAGAAGCGCUUCGACUAAAGAAGCCCAACCACCUCCCACUGAAGAGGCAUUGCCGUUCUCGUGUACUCCAGUCUACGUCAUGAUUAUGAUAGCGAUAUGCUUUCUGUUGGUGAUAGGUGCGGUUACGACUGUGAUAGAUAUGAAGCCGGAAUUUCUCUACGGCUCACAAGUGAAUAUUAACGAAUCGCUAUCCUCGAAUAUUACUGGUUUUUUAUGA